CCACGUGCAACGAGUUUCGUCAGCCUUGGCCCUCUCUCUCUCUCUCUCUCGCUGCAGGUGAGUGUCUGUCUUUGAAUUAAAUUCUAGGCUAGGCUUAUUACUUAUUGGUUUAGUAGGAAAUAGGAAUACAAUGCGUCCAUGAGAUUGAGCAACUGCAGGCAGCGCCAGCGGCUCAGAAAUCAUAAGAAAAUCCAGAGCUGCAAGCAAUUGCACUGAAAAAAAUAAAUAAUAUUGAUAUUUGUGCUCCAAAAUCUAAAUUUAGCUUAUAUAAUAUAUCAUAAUCAUAGCGUUAAACGAGAGGGAAAGUAGGAGUGAAGGUUCAGAAGGAAGGAAAUGAAAGGUGCCGGUGCUGGAGUUGCUCACGCGAAGCGCCGAUGGAGAGGUCUGGCCAUUGGCGUCCUCUUUCUUGUGGUCCUCUCAAUGCUUGUUCCCCUUGGAUUCUUGCUUGGUCUACACAAUGGCUUUCACUCUGCAGGAUUUAUGCCUCUUCAACACACUUCACCUUCGGGGGAUCGUUCAAGCCAUAUAGAUAACCUUGUGAGAAAAUUAGGACCCACUCUACCAAAGGAUAUUCUUCAAGGCUUUGUAAAUGAAGCUAAAAAUGAAACCAGCAGUACAAAUGCCACACCUAAAAGUCAGCAGAAGAAAGGUAUUCUAGCUCCGCCUCAAAAUGUGCUGCAACCACUCACCAAUAGAAAUAUUAGUAGAGUUACUGGUAAAGCGGGAAUGAGAGGUGGUGUUGAUGAAAGUGAGGGAUUAUGUGAGUUGAAAUAUGGGAGCUACUGCAUUUGGCGUGAAGAAAAUAGGGAAGAAAUGAAAGAUUCUACAGUGAGGAAAUUGAAGGACCAGCUUUUUGUAGCCAGGGCAUAUUUUCCUAGUAUUGCAAAAAUACCAGCCCAGAACAAGUUGUCUCAUGAACUGCGACAAAAUAUUCAAGAACUAGAGCGAGUCCUUAGUGAAAGUACUAUGGAUGCUGAUCUUCCGCCAGAGAUUCAGAAGAAGUUACGACGGAUGGAUGCUGCAAUAGCCAGAUCCAAAUCAGUUUCUGUGGAUUGUAAUAAUGUUGACAAGAAAUUGAGACAAAUAUUUGACCUGACUGAGGAUGAAGCUAACUUUCACAUGAAGCAGGGUGCCUUUCUCUACCAGCUUGCAGUCCAGACGAUGCCUAAGAGCCUGCACUGCCUGUCUAUGAGACUAACUGUGGAAUAUUUCAGAGACCAUUCAUUUGAUAAGGAGCUGUCUGAGAAAUAUUCCGAUCCCACAUUACUACAUUAUGUUAUAUUCUCCAAUAAUGUCAUUGCAUCAUCAGUUGUAAUAAACUCAACUGUUAUGCGUGCAAGAGACAGUAUGAACCUGGUUUUUCAUGUGCUGACUGAUGGACAGAAUUACUAUGCGAUGAAACUUUGGUUUCUAAGGAAUGCUUUUAAGGAUGCUGUGGUUCAGGUGUUGAAUAUUGAACAUCUUAAUCCAGAUUACUUCAAUAAAGCAACUCUAUCUCACCUGUCCUUACCUGUGGAGUUUCGAGUUUCCUUUCACAGCAGUGAUAAUGCAGCAGCAAUGCAUAAUAGAACACAAUACAUAUCUAUUUUUUCUCAUUCUCAUUAUCUUCUUCCUGAGAUAUUCAAAAACCUGGAGAAAGUUGUGGUUCUGGAUGAUGAUGUUGUUGUCCAGCAAGACUUGUCAGCACUAUGGAGCCUUGACAUGGGAGGGAAAGUGACGGGUGCUGUUCAAAUUUGCUCAGUGAGAUUGGGCCAGCUACAGAGUUAUUUGGGUGAAAGCAUCUUCCACAAAAAUUCGUGCUCUUGGAUGUCUGGAUUGAAUGUAAUUGAUCUGGUAAGGUGGAGAGAGCUAGGCAUUUCUCAAACUUACUGGAAGUUGGUGAAAGAGCAGGUCAGCAUGAAAGGGGGAUCUGCUUUGCUUGCUAGCUUGCUUACUUUUCAGGAUCUAAUAUACGCACUUGACAGUGAGUGGGUUUUAUCGGGCCUUGGUCAUGACUAUGGGGUUAAUAUUAAAGACAUCAAGAAAGCUGCUGUGUUGCACUAUAAUGGAAAUAUGAAACCUUGGCUUGAGCUGGGAAUUCCCAAGUACAAGGUGUACUGGAAGAAGUUUCUGAACCAUGAAGAUCAAUUUCUAAGUGAGUGCAAUGUAAAUCCAUAAUGAGCCUUGACUCUUUGAAUCCUUGGAAAAUUUAGAGCUCAAGGAAGUAAGUGCUGAGAAUUUUGACAUUGAGCUAGAGUUUGAAGGGUAUUAGAUGGCAGCAAAGUGCAGCUGUGAUGACCUCGGUGCAUAUAUUUCUGAUCUUUUUCAGUAAAUAGAAGGACUUUGAAACCUUGGGUUGAGUUCCCUGGAGUUGGCUACAGUUGCUAGGAAAAGAUGGAUUUGAGGUUUUGAAAUGAUUGUUGGAGAAUGCAGAAAGUGAUGGAGGAGCUUCAUUGUCUGCUUCUAGCUUUGUCUGGUACAGUGAAUUAUGUGACAAAUAAUCGCAUACAGGGAAGGGUUUGAUUUGCAAGUCUGUUCCAGGGAUUUUCAAUGGCCAUUCAAGACAAUGCAUGGUUGUUGAUGAGAAUAGAGAGUGGUAAUUUGCCCUUCAAAUUAGGAUUUUUUGUUUGAUUAAAAUUGUGUUGUUUAGGUCUAAUGAAAACAGUCAACUAAUUAAUUCUCCAAUUAAUUUGUAUUAUUUGAUGUUGGAUU